AUGACAGAGGUCAAAGCUGUUUCAGAGAUGUCAGCCUGCUUCGAUGGUAACAUUUACAUCUACAUCAUCGGUGGACUAGAUGAGAAUAGAGAUGAACUGAACACUGUGUACCGAUUCGACACUUACUCGGAACAUUUUGAGGAACUUGCAGCGAUUCAACUGGGAUACGUGUCCAAUGUCUCAACAUUCUUCCACAAUGGCAGCAACUCAAUCAUCAUUAUUAAUGAUAUGGGCGAUGCCCUAUCAUACGAUGUGGUCACACAGGACACUUGUAGUCUCUUUUCUUUUAAUGAGUACAUUGGAGAGGUCAACACCUCUCAUAUCAGUUGCUACGAUGGCCACGAUAACAUCUACAUUAUGGCCAAUGAAGACGGCAGAUUUGUUAAAUUCUCAAUGAUACUCAAGCAGUUCACCAAACUCACUGGCAGUCCCUUUGAAGCAAAAGAAGAUAUAUAUCGUCUGAUCUAUGACCAAUCAUUUGGCAUCACGCUCAUCGCUGGAAAGGGACAAAACUAUAGAUACUCCACUCAACGCAAUGAUUGGACUUUGCUCAAUGACAAUGAUCCUGUCGGUCUCCGUAAACUUUUGGGAGCAUGUUUAAUACGUGAUUGA